AUGGAUGUAGUUCACGAUAGUAACGGCAUUGAAGAGAGCGAAAACAAGUUUGUGAUACCCGGAGAUCGGCUUUUUCCCAUCACAGAAUUCUUGAAAGCUGGUAUUGGCACAUAUGAACUCUUUGGACAUAUUUAUGCAUCUUUAGCUGGCAAUUUGCAUCUGCACGUAAAUGAGGAAGACAGUAAUACAAAAGUGGUAGAAGUACGGCAAAAAUCAGAAAAAGAGCAGGGGCAUGUAAUGCCGUACGUUGGGUGUGUUGUAACAGGCAAAGUCCAAAACAUCGGUCACAGGUUUGCUAAAUGCACAAUACAUUGUAUAGAAUGUUCUCAUUUGUCCCAUGAAUUUUCUGGAAUAUUGAGGAAAGGAGAUAUAAUUCCCCAUGAAAAUGAGAAAACAAAACUGCCAGACUAUGUACAACCAGGUGAUGUGAUAUUAGCACGCGUCAUUGGUUUCGGUGAUAAUCAACGGUCAUACUUGCUCAGUAUUGCAGAAGAAGAGUUGGGUGUAGUGAGUAGUAUUGGUGAUUUUGGUGAACGAAUGGUACCAUAUUCUCUUACUGAAGUAAAGUCAACUUUAACGGGUACACGUGAGAAGCGGAAAGUUGCACAUGUUCCGGAUUUGAAUCAGUGA